UCUUCCUCUCUCUAUAAGUAGAACUCCAACUCUGAAAUUAUUCUUCAAAUCAUUGCCUUCCAGCCCUCCCUUUGCUCCCCACCCACCCCUUUUCUUCUCUCUCUCUCUCCCAAACUAGACGGUCCAAAGCCACCCAAUAAUUUCCUUGGGGUUCUUGCCAUUUAGUUUUCUAUGCUUUGUAUUUAUAUAUAAACAAACUCUCUCUUUGAUCUUAGUCAGUACUAUAAUAUAUGUAACUUGAAAUGGGUUCAAUCCUUGAAAGCUCCACCAUAGAAAAUGAAGCAAUAGAAACCCAAUACCUUCAGAAAGGAGUGAGACACUUGUGUGAAAGAGGGUUGACCAGAGUUCCAAGCAAGUACAUAUUGCCCAUCAACGAACGACCCAACUUGGGAGACACAAGGGUUAAUGCUGGCAACCUUAACCUCAAGCUGCCAGUUAUUGAUUUCACUCAGUUUCAAGGCUCAGAUAGAUGCCAAGCAAUACAUUCCCUCGAAAAAGCUUGCCGAGAAUUCGGAUUUUUUCAGUUGGUAAACCAUGGUAUCAAAGAUGACGUUAUUCUUCGAAUGGUGAAUGUAAGUAGAAGAUUUUUCGAGCUCCCUUUCGACGAGAGAGCAAAGUACAUGUCAAAGGACAUGGCUUCCCCGGCUAGGUAUGGAACAAGCUAUAACCAGAGCAAUGACAAAGUGUUCUGCUGGAGAGACUUUCUGAAACUCAGCUGCCAACCUUUAGAAGACACUGUGCCUUGUUGGCCUUCCUCUCCUGAGGACUUAAGGGAGGCAGUCGUGAGCUACUCGAAGAGCACUAAUUUUUUGUAUCUAAUGCUAAUGGAGGCCAUCUUGGAAAGCCUAGGAUUGGAGGAAACAACAGAAAGUGCUGAAAGAAAAAGCAGAAGCAUAGAGGAAUUUGAAGAUGGAAGCCAACUCAUUGUGGCAAAUUGCUACCCUGCAUGCCCUGAGCCAGAUUUAACACUAGGCAUGCCACCCCAUUCCGAUUAUGGCCUCCUCACUCUUCUCCUUCAAGAUGAAGUCGAGGGCCUUCAAAUACAACAUGAGGGCAGAUGGGUAACUGUGGAACCACUUCCAAAUUCAUUCGUUGUCAAUGUUGGUGAUCAUCUUGAGAUAUUCAGCAAUGGGAGAUACAAGAGCGUGCUCCACAGGGUUCUUGUCAACUCCUGCAAGUCUCGCAUCUCUGUGGCCUCAUUGCACAGCCUGCCAUUCAACAGCAUGGUUCGACCAUCGCCAAAACUCAUUGACCAAGCUAACCCUCUACGUUACAAGGACACAGACUUUGCCACUUUCCUUCGCUUUGUUUCUUCUCAUGACAUGAACGCCAAGACAUUCUUAGAAUCCAGGAAAUUGACUUCAUGACCCAAAAAAGAAAAGUAGAUUUCCACAAGGGCGUUGCACUUGCACGUGCCUAGACUGCAAAUGAGAGAAAGAUCUCUAGAAAUUGAAUUUUCUUUUGUGUGGCAAUCUUUGACUUUUAUUAGGUAGAACCAUCUUUGGUAGAAAUAAUCAAGGGGGGAACUUUUCAUCGAGGAAAAUAAGACAGGGAGAACGUUUGUGAUUUGCAUGCAACAUUAAUUUGGUGAAAUAUAUAUUGCUGUAUUUCAUACGGCAGGCAGUCCUCUAAGUCAAUAAAUAAUGAAUACUUUACAAUCUUAUUAAAUACUUGUAUUACCCAAUUUGCCUAUACCCUCCACGUCCCCUAUUUAUUCGAAUGACACAUGUCUUACUUUAAUUUAAGAAAAAUUUAAGUUUAACUCAAGAAAAUCUUAAGUAAUUAGGAUAUGCCAGAUCUACCACUGCCCGUCGCCGACAACCAUGUGUGUCACCAUGCUAAAUGACCUGCAGUUUAAGGGUUAACACCUUUAUUAAAAUAAUAUUUUUUUUCCAACCCUACACCUCCCCUCAUAGGAAAACGCUUUAGAGGUGGCAGAAUAUGCACCCCUGC